AUGUUCCUCAAUCUACCACAGCCGUUCCCCUGCCUUGUUGGCAUUCCUCCUGGUGAGGACUACGAUGCUAUCCUCGAUGCCGCUGACUGCUGGUCAGUCAAAUGCAGCUGUACCCUCAACGGCGACCAUGACGACUCGCGGACCGUCUUUGGUCGUUCCCAUAUCCGCAUUGUCGAGACGGACCUGUCUCAGGCUUCACUGACGAAACUUACACAGCUCACUAGCAAUUCUCGCAUCGCGCCCCUUGUCCAAGGACUGCUCGUCCAUCGAGCAGAGGAUGCUGCACUUGGUCGCGGCUUUACCUGGUCCCGGAAUUCUUUGGGCAAGAUUACUCCUCCGGCAGUGCUAAUCACUCAGCUCGCCGCCACCGUGCAAUCUCUCACUAGCUGUGUACAUUUCGGUGUAUCGCGCGCCCCUAACCCUAUUUUUACUGCCGUGGACAAGACCCAACCCUCGCCUAGCGAAGCAGUUGCCAUCCUCAACACCGUCAUCACACUGACGAAGCGCGAGGUAAAGAGUUACGGAAUUGACUUUGGACUCUACAGCCACAGACCCUCUAUGAACGCGAACCCUAUCGACCAGGUCUCGUUGGAAUCAAUCCACAUAGAAGACCCACCGUUCCUCCACUCAUUGCAGAGUCUGGAAACACUAACCCUCAAAGUCCCCAUCGAGUCCGAGGCAUCAAUCUCCUUCGCUCUAGCACUCAUACAAUCCGCCCCAAACAUCCAGAAUCUAGCCAUCGACUUCGACGAAGGUACCUCCGCCGGUCCAUUCCUAUGCACCCUCCUCUCCACAGGCGUAACGAUCCAACUUGAAACCCUAACACUAACAAACGGCACGCUCUCCGGUCGAGACCUGCUAACACUCUUCAUCUACAACUGCGUGAACCUGCGCAGCCUCCACCUCGAGCAGAUCCGCCUUGAGGAGAUCGGGAGCUGGCUUCCGAUCAUGGAUCUCCUUCGUAACGGGUUCCCGUGUCUUGAAGAAGCGAAGCUUCUGGAGCUCAUGUCCGGGAACGACGCGAUUGAUUGGUGGAGUCUGGAGCUUGCGGGGGUUGGAAAGGAUGAUGUUGCUGGGAGGUCGCAGAGGAGGAGGUUUGUUUGGGAUCGGGUGGAGGAUAUGCCGUAUUAG